CGUCACCUAGGUGCGAACACCGGAUCCUGGAAAGGUGAAGAUUAAGACAAACGCAAGGCACCACCCCCGUCGACAUCACCUGCAAUACCACGGUACCUCCUAAAACGACGUCGUUGUUUUUGUUGCAUUGAGCAAAACAAGCUGAAACACGACGCUGCCAUGCCUGCGUGGAGUGAACGAUUUUGUGUACUGGUCUUCAUUCUCCUUCAUUUUCUACACACCUGCUCAGGUGACGAAGAGAAUUUGCGAGGCUUCACCGGCACCGAGACCACCGAUGGGAUUUGGGUGGGCCCGCAAGCCACAUCGGUUCUGAGCAGCAGCCUCACCACCGUCUUCCUGCCGGUCCUCUACAUCGUGGUGUUCGUGGUGGGACUGCCUACCAACGCCAUGGCCGUCUGGGUGUUCCUCUUCCGCACCAAGACGAAGCACCCGGCGUCAAUCUACAUGGCCAACCUGGCUCUGGCUGACCUGUUGUUUGUUAUCUGGGUGCCGCUGAAGAUCGCCUACCACUUCAACAAGAACAACUGGACAUAUGGCGAGGGGCUGUGCAAGGUCUUGGUGGGCUUCUUCUACGGGAACAUGUACUGUUCGAUGGCUUUCAUCGCCUGCAUCAGCGUGCAGCGCUACUGGGUCGUGGUGGACCCGAUGGCCCAGCGGCGGCGUGAGAAAACCAAAGCGUAUGUGGUUUCGGUGGUCAUCUGGGUGACUGUGUGGCUCCUCACAGUGCCGCUCUACCUGUACGACCAGGAGGUGCGCGUGGUCAACCUCAACAUCCUCACCUGCCAUGACGUCACCCGGCCCAGUCAGAAAAAGAUGGCGGCGGGCUACUUCCUCACCAUGGGCACGUUGGGCUUUGUGGGACCAGCGGUCGUUUGCGUCGUCUCCUAUGCGCUCAUGCUGCGCGCGCUCCGCACCAGCAUGACGGUGGACGACGGUGUUGCCAAGCAGCGGCGCAAGGCGAUAGUGCUGAUCAUCAUCGUGCUGGUGAUGUUCUUGGUGUGCUUCGCACCUAGCAACAUCAUGCUCUUGGUGCACUAUGCGCUGCUCCUAAACGAGGUCCCCGACAACCUCUACGGCUUCUACAUUACCACGUUGUGCUUGGCCAGCCUCAACAGCUGCAUUGAUCCCUUCGUCUAUUACUUCAUCUCGGACGACUUCCGCCAGCACGUGAAAAACACCUUCCUGUGCCGGAGCCAGCGCACUGUGGAGAGGAUGCGUGUGUCCUUCAGCGCGCUCAAGUUCUCCAAGAAGAGCAACACCUAUACAUCUGAGUCUGGUGGAAACACGGGCAGCUCGCAAUGCUAGCUGGUGCUACGAAUCUAUCCGGAUAUAACGGAUUGUGUUUACUGUCGUUGUUACUGUUUUAAAUAGAGCACCCAAAGGAUCGUGGUUGGUUACCAUGUUUGGCCUCAUAGUUCUGACGUUCCAAACUUCAAAACAAACCAAAGGAUUUCUCUCAUAACAAAGGCUUCCCCAUAAUAUUCGAUGAAAACUUGUCCAUAAGUGUCCAUAUUGUUUAUUUUUUCCUCACAAGCAGAAUGUAUUAAGUCUUCUCAGUUUCUUUUUACAUUUCUACUACAUGCAUUUUCUUCCCCUUGUUUGGGUUGUAUCACUUCUACGCACUUUUAAGCCUUAUGGACGCUUGAGGACACCAUGUUUUUUAUUCAAGUUGGAGUGGAACGUAAAAAAAGCCACCUUGUUAAUAUCAGAGAAUCGUCAUUCUAGAAGGGGCUCUAGAACACGUUUAUGUUUUAUUAAAUGAUGACUGAGUGUGAUUACGAUUGUUUAUUUUUCUUUUGAAACUUUGCAUAGUGAAAUGAAAUAAAGUGCAGAUUUAAAAACUCA